AAUUUCAAUCAACUCACAUUUUCUUGCCCUCAUUUUCCACCCUUUUCCUCAUCUUUUUCUCUCUCUUUCGAUCUCGUACAGCAAUGGCCGAUCAACUCAGCGACGAUCAGAUCUCUGAAUUCAAGGAAGCCUUCAGCCUAUUCGACAAGGAUGGCGAUGGUUGUAUUACAACUAAGGAACUCGGAACCGUUAUGCGUUCACUUGGACAAAACCCAACUGAAGCAGAGCUCCAAGACAUGAUCAAUGAAGUAGAUGCUGAUGGAAAUGGUACAAUCGACUUCCCUGAGUUCCUCAACCUGAUGGCGAGGAAGAUGAAGGAUACUGACUCAGAGGAGGAACUGAAGGAAGCUUUCAGAGUGUUUGACAAGGAUCAAAAUGGUUUCAUCUCUGCAGCUGAGCUUCGCCAUGUGAUGACAAACCUCGGUGAGAAGUUGACAGAUGAAGAAGUUGAUGAGAUGAUCCGCGAGGCUGAUGUAGAUGGUGAUGGACAGAUCAACUACGAGGAGUUCGUCAAGGUUAUGAUGGCCAAGUGAGAAUCAUCCAUUCUUACUUAAAAACCCUUGAACUAAAAUUACAGGACCAGGGCAGAUAAGUUUGAUGAGAUUUCCAAAAUUCUAUCUCCUUUUAGGUCAAACUCAUAUGGCAACUACUAUUAUUUAGUCUUUUUUGGUGAUGGUUUGUUUUCCUUUUCUUGCAUUUAAUUGUCUAGGUAAAUCUUCUUUGCUAUAUGCUUGUUUUGCCCCUGUCCUAACUUCUACAAGUUUUGGGUUUCAUAGUGUUUUUCUUAUUUAUUAAGUUUUCCAUCUUUGGUAUUUUGGAACCUAGAACAAUUGGAUUCAAUUUUAUCGUGACUAAAUUUUUAUUUAUAUAUUUCAAAAUCAAGAAUUAUUAUUAUUAUUA